AUCUGAAGGCACCUAUGAUCCUGAAUGGAGUGUGUGUGAUCUGGAAAGGCUGGAUUGAUCUUCAGCGUCUGGAUGGGAUGGGUUGUCUGGAAUAUGAUGAUGAGAGGGCACAGCAGGAGGAUGCUCUAGCCCAGGCAGCCUUUGAGGAUGCCCGCAGAAGGACCCGUGAUUUUGAGGACAGGGAUCGCUCGCACCGUGAGGAUAUGGAGCAGAUGCCGAUGGCACAGCUCAGUCAUUUAAUAACUCAGGAGGACCCUGUGGCAUCAAAAAUCUGGGACUGA